CAUUUCACAUUUCAACACAGCACUUCUCUUUAUUUCGCCGUUAUCUUUGGAAAAAUGCCACACAACAACACAGAUAACUGCAGCACAUCUCAUUUCAGAUAUCCACUUUUCACUUCCACCUACAGCUUCGUGCUGCUGUUCGGCCUUCCUUUGAACUCUGUGUCUCUUUGGAUACUGGUUUGUCGGAAUGGCUUGAGGAAAUCCGUUCCGGGGAUCUACAUGGCCAACCUGGCCUUAUCGGACCUACUUUUCACGCUUUCCCUGCCCUUUCGGAUUAUCUACUUCGCCACAGGUGAAUGGAAGCUGGGAAACACUCUAUGCAUGAUUCCAGGGACCCUCUUUGCCGUCAACAUCUACUCCAGCUCCUUGUUCAUCACGCUCAUCAGUGUGGACCGGAUGCUGGCUGUGGUGUAUCCACUGAGAUCUCGACAUUUGCGGACGGUACCGAUGGCCUGGGUGUUUUGUGUGAUCGUGUGGCUGAUCAUCGCUGGAUUGGCAGUGCCAACAGCCUUAAACCACCCCGAAAAUAAGGACCCAGAGUGUAACGUUACACGCUGUUUUGAGAAAUACACCGAUAAAGAAUGGAUUAUGGGUUUCACAAUCCUCUGCUGCGCCACUUUCUUUGGUAUUUUAAUACCUUUCUGCAUUAUUCUGGGCUGUACGGUGGCAGUCGUGCGGCAGCUGAAAGGCUACAGCAUGGCGACUUCCUCAUGCAGCACCGAGCUGAGUAAAAGCAAGAUUGUGAAGCUCUUUCUGUCCAACUUGCUCAUCUAUGCCAUUUGUUUUAUCCCAUUUCACACUGCUUUCAUCCUCUUUGGCUUGCACAAACUUCACAUCUUGCAUGGAGAUAAUACUCUUGAAAUUUACUUUAACCUACAGACUGUUACCAUGUGCAUGGCCAGCACAAACAGCUGUCUGGACCCUUUGAUCUACUAUUUCAGCUCAAAGAAUAUUCAAGGUAGAGCCAGAUGUGACUCUUCAUCCAAAACCGUCGGUCUCGGCCUGGUCCAGAGCAUGAGUUGGAACGGACAGUAAAGCACCGUCCAUCAUAAUCACUUGUGUUGUUGAGGUAAAGAAGUUCUUUGUCUGAAAGGAAAUGGUUAUGUAAAAAAAAAAACAGGUCUUAAACCAAAAGCUGACUCACGCACGAGAACGUUGCACAUCUCUGCUCGUGUGCAUUGCGGGAAAAGGUUGCAACUCUGUUUACCUCGCUCAGGCGUCCUAAAGCAGGUCAAAAGGGAAGAAGACACCAAACGUUGAGCCAGUGAUUCAUUAACUGACAAUGUGAUAUAAAUACUUUAAUUUGUUCUGCAAAACUUGCAUUGUUGCAAAUCAUCAACUAAGCUGUUUACGUGUGCAUUUGCUUAUCACUGGGAACCCAGGGCAGUAGCUACUGUAGAAAUGUUGGCCCCUCUGGUUGUAUAUUGCUAUGUUUUGCUGCAUUAGCUGCAUUUCUACCAGCAUUACAGUUGAAAAAGUGUUCAGUUUGUCUUUUUGUCUGUUUUUGUGUCAUUGAGCAAUACAUUUGAACUGCAUUUUUAUUUCCCCAGGAUUGCACUGAAGUUUCGCAUAGUAAUAUGCACUUUUGCUUUUGUGUCUUGCAUUAUGUUGGUCGAAAUAAACCAAGCAUACUU